GCAGUCAGUCUAGGAAAGGCAGCCAAUCUUUUACUCUAAUAAAGUGUUUGGUCUAUAUUUCAUGCAUGAUUGAUCGUCCAAUUGAGACAGCUUUUUCGUGGAGGACCAUUACAACAGCCGUCGACUCGUCCUCUACUUGUGGUAGUUCCCCACUCAAGGUCUUUUUUCCAGCAAAGAAAAGAGUGGUUGGUUUCCGAUUAUGCCCCUCCGGAAUUUUCUUGCUGAGACGCGCCGGCUACCAUGUCAUCGUGAUAAGUGAUAUUGAGCUGCCUAUAUAAAGCCUGCCGCGGUAGCCCUUGUGAUACAAACCAUACCCGAGAGAGAGAGAGAGAGAGGGAGGGAGCCAAAUAUACCUGUUGUUGUGAGAUAAGGAAGGUUAAUAAUCUCCUAUUUCCAGAAGAAGAAGUGUGUUCUUUGAAAUGGCGGCAAUGGAGGUUGGAAAUCCUCUUCCUGUUCCCAAUGUUCACCAGUCUGCUUUGAUCUCCGAGGAUGUUGAAGGCUCUCUUCCUGUUCCCAAUGUUCAGGAGCCUGCUGCGAGCUCCAAGGAGGUUGGAUAUCCUCUUCCUGUUCCCAAUGUUCAAGAGGCGAGCUCCCUGGAGGUUGGAGAUUCUGUUCCUGUUCCCGGUGUUGAACAAUCGAGCUCCCUGGAGGUUGGAGGGUCUCUUCCCGUUCCCAAUGUUCAAGAGCUGGCUGCGAUCUCGGAGGAUGUAUCGGCUAGGUACAUACGCCCAGAGCGCGAGCUGGAAGAAGUUGCUGAUGGUGAGUUUGGUCAAAUUCCAGUCAUCGACAUGAGCAAGCUCGUUGGCGAUGACAACGAGGAGUCCGCUAGACUGCAUUCGGCUUGUAAGGAAUGGGGAUUCUUCCAGGUGAUCAAUCAUGGGGUUGCCGAAGAGGUGAUUACCAAAAUGACGGAGAAUAUUCAAGAGUUUUUCCGUCUACCGUUGCAAGAGAAAAUGGAGUAUGCACAACUGCCAACUGGCAUGGAAGGAUACGGGCAAGCUUUUGUGUUUUCGGAAAAGCAAACACUUGAUUGGGGUGACAUGUUGUUCAUCAAUGCAACACCUAUCAAUGAAAGAAGAAUGAGGUUCUGGCCCAAAAAUCCCUCUUCGUUCAGGGAGACUCUCGACAAGUAUGCGGCAGAGGUGGAAAAGGCUGCUAGAAGGUUGAUGGUUUCCAUGGCUAAGAACCUGGGAGUGGAGCCAGAAAAGCUGCUCCAUCUGUUCGACGACGGUGUGCAAAGCCUGAGAAUGAACUACUAUCCGCCAUGUGAGCAAGCUAGCAAGGUCACCGGUAUUGCCCCACAUGCCGACGGCACUGGACUGACUCUGUUGACUCGACUGAAUCAAGCACAAGGUCUGCAAAUUAUCACCAAUGGAGAAUACAAGAGCAUAGAGCACAGAGCAUUAGUGAACGAUAAAAAUGAGAGGCUAUCAAUUGCAUCGUUUCACGACCCAAGCAUGAACAUCAUGAUUGAACCAUUGCCAGACCUUCUCAUCAAGGAUCAAAAGAAACAAGCACCAAAUUAUAAAUCCAUAUCCCACCGUGAUUAUAAGAAGAUUUCGAGGCAAAUGAAACUGGACGGCAAAGACAGAGGCUUCAUUACCCAUAUGAAAAUACAAACCGCAGAAGAGCAAUGAAUUCAAGCUGCUCCAUGGUCAGAAAGAAAGAAGCCGAAAAGUUCCGAAUGAAUAAAUCAUGCAAAUGGGAUGUUUAUUUUAAUUAUAAAUAAUCUGAUGCAUUUGAUGAGCAUCGUGCUAGGUGGACGAAUAAGUAUUAUUGUUUAGUAUUUCCGUAUUAUUAAUUGCGUUUUGCUUAUUAUGUUAUUGUUUACUUAUGUGUUUUAUGAUCUGUGUGUCUUGUUUGAUAGGAAAAUAAUUUAUGGAAUUAUUCCUAUAAAUUUGUACUUUUCUCUAUGUUUUCUCCAUGAAUAAGAAGUCAAGUAAUUAUAAUAGUAAUUUAGUUAGAGUUUUAUUACUUUUCGUAGUUCUUCAUUAUUA